UUUUUAAUCUUUAAUCUUUAUACAAUACUGCAAUUCAAGCGGAAGAACCUUCCAAAGAUAGUGAAACAAAAUCACACUGAACCCGUACGUCGUUACUGACUACAGGCAGAUAAACUCAAACAAUAGAACCCUUUUACAUUUGCACGAUCACACAUUUACGUAGGAGGAAACUAAGCAAAUGAAGUGUGCCAUUCUUCCUGUUGCAGUAUGUAAGUGAUGUUAUGAACGUUUGAAGGUGGAAAGUUGGCUUUACUGGAUGCGUACAGUGCAUUUGUGCAGGGAGGGAGAUGCUCACAAUGGAGCAAAUAGAGGCAGCCUUGUACCAGAAGAAAAAGAGGUCUGAGAAAUUAAAUGAGAGGCAGAUGGAAAGAAUGGAGGGAACGGGGAAAGACCUCAGCAUGGACAGAGGACUACAGAAGGAGCAUAUCCUUAAGUGGUUUGUGGAGACUCAGGCUGUGCUCAUCUUGUGUGACGGAAGUUUUCCGCCCUGGUUCCAGGGCUUCAUCUCCAGACAUGAAGCAGAAGAUCAGCUCAGAGACAAGAAUGUUGGUUGCUUCCUUAUCAGACUCAGCGAAAAAGCCAUUGGAUAUAUUCUUUCAUACAAAGGACAGGAUCGUUGUCGCCAUUUUGUCAUAAAUCAAACCAAGACUGGCCUGUUCGACAUUUCUGGUGAUUCCACCACUCAUAACAGUCUGACAGAGCUGAUCAGUCACUUUAAAACCACACCAAUCCAGCCUUUUGGAGAGUACCUGACUUCAUAUAACACAGAUAUGGACUCUGUGGAAGAGGAUGACAAAAAUGAGCUUUAUGAUGUGUUUCAAAAUAAGCCAAGAGGCAGCGCGGGUGUUAGCGUUAAGGCUCUAAGAAGUUUAUGGGAACAAGCUAGCAAUAUCCCUCAAAACACGCCUCCUUGUCUGUAUUCUAAAAGUGGCCGGAAGCUUGAGAUCUCCACCUCUAUUGACAGGAACAGCCUGUCCCAGGGUACGAAGGUUCCACCAUUGCCAAAGAAGAAUACAUCACUUCGGAAUUCCUUAAGUGCCAGUUUUCCUGGUACAAAUCCUUCACAAGAACAACACAGCUUUUCAGAAUCAAGGACAUCUGGAAGGGCAGGGGGUGAUGAGAGAGCAAACGGCAAAAAAAGCGAAACCUUCAACACAGAAGGCUACAACUCCCAAUUUAAAUUGCCUAUCCACGACGAAACCUCUAAUUCUUGUAACAUUAUGCACUCCACCCCUCAACAACCUCCUUUAGCUCCACCCAAAACAGCCUCCUGCUCUUAUGCAGUCCUUGAUCUUAAAAAACACAAUAGUGGAGCUUGGCGAGAGCCCUAUACUGACCAAGAAGCCCUACAGCCCAACCCACUCUACCAGACUGCAUCAGCGGUGUGUGCUGGACAGAAGGACCAGCCCGGGCAAGAAUAUGACAACCGUAUAAAGCUCAUCGACAACAUCCUAUUAGCAGAAAACCCAUAUCAAGACAUACCUGAACAACGGGACAGUAAUACCUAUGAACACAUAGCUGAGAGCAACACCUAUGAGGACAUCCGAGUGACAGACAGCAACACGUAUGCAAGCUUGGAUGAGAUGCAACCACACACAUCAAGCAUCUUGGGGAAGAAGAAUCAUAAGUGGUGGAAACUUCGACUGGAGAAUAAGAAGUAAUAAUCAUCAGGUGAAUGCAAAAGCUGAAAUACUUCAUUUAAUAUUUCAUUUAAAGUCAGCCUUUUUAUGUUGGUCUGUACAGUAUACAGUACAUAUAACCUCAGUACAGUAUGGUUUCUACACUUACAAAAUGCUGACAAUUUGUAAGCAAAUAC